UUCUGUAAAUGCCAGCCUUUGGAAUUUAAAUUACAUUCUGGAUGCAGUCAGUUUGAUCUGAAGGUGAGUGUAAGGCAUGAUGGUUUGUUUCUCCUAGCAGCGUAGAGGAACUGGGACUUGGCGUGUUCCCCUCACAGAAGACCUUACUGGGCAGCUGAGGCAAACUGUUGAAGGGGAGCUGGCUAGGAGGCUCUUGCCUCCAGAAUAUGAUGACAAGUCACAUUUUAAAACCUGAUACUCGAAAUUGCAAGAGACCAAGAGAACUGGAGCCUCAAAUGCCAGAUAGUCCACAACUGUCCUCUCUUGGAAAAUCAGAUUCCUCUUUCUUGGAAAGCUCUGGACUGUUUUAUAAAGAUGAAUCCCUGGAGAAAGAUUUGAAUGUUUUGAAAAAAUACAUGGAGGGUACCGAUCAGAAGAAGGCAGCGGUCGGUAAGCGUGAGGGGCUUCCAUGUAUUACGCCGCUGCUAACCACGGUGGAGGAGACGCCACAGGUGGUCUCUGCUCAAGUCCGAGGACAUUUUCCCAAGUGGCUCAGUGGCAGUCUGCUUCGAAUUGGGCCUGGGAAAUUUGAGUUUGGGAAGGACAAGUACAAUCACUGGUUUGAUGGAAUGGCUUUGCUUCACCAGUUCAAGAUGGAGAAGGGCAUGGUGACCUACAGAAGCAAGUUCCUGCAGAGUGAUACAUAUAAGACCAAUAGUGUUCAUGACCGAAUUGUGAUCUCAGAAUUUGGCACGCUGGCUCUCCCUGAUCCGUGCAAGAAUGUUUUUGAACGUUUCAUGUCAAAGUUUGAGCCGCCUGCAAUAACUGACAAUACCAGUGUCAACUAUGUGCGGUACAAGGGUGACUACUAUGUUAGCACUGAGACCAACUUUAUGAAUAAAGUGGACAUUGAAACUCUGGAAAAAACAGAAAAGGUAGACUGGAGCAAAUUUAUUGCUGUGAAUGGAGCAACUGCACAUCCUCAUUAUGACCCAGAUGGAACAGCAUACAAUAUGGGGAACUCGUAUGGGCUGCAUGGUUCUUGCUAUAAUGUUAUUCGGGUUCCUCCAGAGAAGGUGGAUCUUGGGGAAACAAUCCACGGAGCCCAGGUGAUAUGCUCUAUUGCCUCUGCAGAGAGGAUGAAACCUUCUUACUACCAUAGCUUUGGAAUGACAAGGAACUAUAUAAUCUUCAUUGAACAGCCUCUAAAGAUGAAUCUGUGGAAAAUGAUCACUUCUAGAAUUCGGGGAAAGGCCUUUUCAGAUGGAAUAAGCUGGGAACCCCAGUAUAACACACGGUUUCAUGUGGUGGAUAAGAACACUGGACAGCUGCUUCCAGGAAUGUACUACAGUAAACCUUUUGUUACUUUUCAUCAAAUCAAUGCCUUUGAGGACCAGGGCUGUGUUGUACUUGAUUUGUGCUGUCAAGAUGAUGGAAGAAGCCUGGAAGCUUACCAACUACAGAAUCUCAGGAAAGCUGGGGCAGGGCUUGAUCAGGUCUAUAAUUCAGUAGGCAGAUCUUUCCCUCGGAGGUUUGUUUUGCCCUUACAUGUCAGUUUGAAUGACCCUGAAGGAGAGAACCUCAGCCCAUUGUCCUAUUCUUCAGCUAGUGCUGUGAAACAAGCUGAUGGAAAGAUUUGGUGCUCUUAUGAAAAUCUACAUCCUGAGGAUCUAGAGGAGGAAGGAGGUGUUGAAUUUCCCCAGAUCAACUAUGGCCAAUUCAGUGGCAAAAAGUACCGUUUCUUCUAUGGCUGCGGCUUUCGGCAUUUAGUGGGGGAUUCUCUGAUCAAGCUUGAUGUGGUGAAUAAGACACUGACGAUUUGGAGAGAAGAUGGCUUUUACCCAUCGGAACCUGUGUUUGUUCCCGCACCAGGAACCAGUGAAGAAGAUGGUGGGGUUAUUCUCUCUGUGGUGAUCACCCCCAACCAGAAUGAAAACAAUUUUCUCCUAGUUUUGGAUGCCAAGAACUUUGAAGAACUGGGCCGAGCAGAAGUGCCUGUGCGAAUGCCUUAUGGGUUCCAUGGUACCUUUGUAACAGUCUGAUGGAACAACUCGGAACACCUGGAAACU